UUAACGUUCACACUUCACAUGGAUACACGUGUCUAAUUCUCCCGCUCGGUCCAUCUAUCCGUUAACCCUACUCUCUCUCUUCUGCUGCAACGCUUGGCCGUGGAGCACAGCCACAAGAAAACCCAAAUUUUUGUUUUCCAAUAAUCAAGAAAAAAGAAAAAAAAAAAAAAAAGGAAAAGCGGUAUUCACUCACGUUCAUUCGUUACAAUGGGGAAGCUUCUCUGCGAUUCAACCACCGUCGCCGAGCCCUUCCAAGGCUCGCCGCCGGCCGCGCUUCCGUGGCGGGAUCCCAAAUCCGAGCCUAUCGGAGCGGUGGAUCUCGUCGUUCCGGCGGUGGCCUUCGCCGGCGGCUGGGAGGACGUCGUCGGCCUGGAGGAGCAGCAGCGCCGCCACCUCCAGAGACUCCACGCCAAGGGAGUCCUCUGGAAGCCGCCGGAGGAGGAGGAGGAGGACUCCUCCUCGUCGCCGUCGUCGUCCGCGCUCAGAUCCGUCGUGUUCCGCCUCUCGCACGGCGGAGAGGUCUCCGCCGACGGGAACUGCCUCUUCACGGCGUCGCGCAAGGCCAUGGGCGGCGAGGACGUCGACGCGCGCGAACUGCGGCGGCGGACGGUGGCGCGGUUCUUGGAGGAUCUCGGAUCUGCGAGCCUUGAGGAGAGAGAAGCGAUCGACGACGCGAUUCGGCACAUGUACUCGCCGGAUCUGAAGAACGGUUGGGGGAUUCACGUCGUUCAGGAGGUAAAGUUGUUGGCCAAGAAGGAGAAUCGAUUCGCUCUUGAUUCGGCCAUCGAAGAACUCGUUCACCUCGGUAUGCAAAGAGAAAUGGCGGCGGAGUCUAUUUACAAAGAGAGAUGUAUUCCGGUGAUUGAUGGUCCAAGUUGGGCCAAAUACAUGUUGAUCUCUGGUUCUCCUGAUGAUGAAUAUGAUAUCAUCACUUUGCAAUAUACUGAGGAGGGUUUAUUAUCUGUAGAUGAGAAUAGAGAGGGUCGUGCUGCAGCUUUCGGUGAUGAUAUUGCAAUUGAAUGCCUUGCUACAGAGUUCAAGCGAGAGAUAUAUGUGGUGCAAGCACAUGGUUCAGAUGCCAUGGUUGAUGAAGAAAAUUGUGUUUUCUUCCUUCCGCAUCGUCCAAGGAGCCGAAUUACUGAACUUCCAUUUUUUCUUUUCAUGAAAGGAACAGGUUGGUGCGGUGCUGGAGCUGACCACUAUGAGCCCCUGAUUGCCCAUCCUUCGAGCUUUGUUUCCCAAGAAAAGGUUGCUGUGGUACUGUGAAGUUUCCCGGCCUACAAUUUUGUGGAGUAGAGAUUGAGUAGAAUUAGAAUUUGUUUACCCUAUUUAUGGGCCUCUCUUAAAAUGUUUGGCCCGCAUUUUGGUUCUCCCAAGGGAGAGAACCUCACCUCAUUGGGUAGCGUUUAUUUUAUUACUGACGUUUAGAAUCAAUCAUCUUUGACUCUCUUGACAUUGGCUGCAGUUUGAGCAACCCUAGAGUAUUAUUGUAUUAGUUUCACCGGCUUCUGUUUUGUUGUUCCUGUUGUUGAGUUAAUUAGAGGGUUACACCGUCUAGGUAGUAGUGUGUUGUUCAAAUUGGAAGAGUUGAGUUGUAUCUCAGUGGAUUUCACCACAUCAAUCAAGUGGUUUUUUUUUUCUGCAUAA